AUGUGUUCCUCUUCUUAUUUUCCACUGUCUACUACGUCUUCCUCUUCUUAUUUUGCACUGUCUUCUACGUCUUCUUAUUAUUAUUUUCCACUGUUUACUACGUCUUCCUCUUCUUAUUGUCCACUGUCUUCUAAGUCUUCUUAUUAUUAUUUUCAACUGUCUUCUACGCCUUCCUCUUCUUAUUUUCCAUUGUCUUCUACGUCUUCCGCUUUUUAUUUUCCACUGUCUUCUACGUCUUCCUCUUCUUAUUUCCCACUGUCUACUACGUCUUCCUCUUCUUAUUGUUCACUGACUUCUACGUCUUCUUCUUCUUAUUUUCCAGUGUCUUCUACGUCUUCGGCUUUUUAUUUCCCACUGUCUUCUACGUCUUCCUCUUCUUAUUGUCCACUGACUUCUACGUCUUCUUAUUAUUAUUUUCCAGUGUCUUCUACGUCUUCCGCAUCUUUUUUUCCACUGUCUUCUACGUCUUCCUCUUCUUAUUUUGCAAUGUCUUCUACGUCUUCCUCUUCUUAUUUCCCACUGUCUUCUACGUCUUCUUCUUAUUAUUUUCUAUUGUCUUCUACGUCUUCCGCUUUUUAUUGUCCACUGUCUUCUAUGUGUUCCUCUUCUUAUUUUCCACUGUCUACUACGCCUUCCUCUUCUUAUUUCCCACUGUCUUCUAUGUCUUCCUCUUUUUAUUUUGAACUGUCUUCUACGUCUUCCGCUUCUUAUUGUCCACUGUCUUCUACGUCUUAUUAUUAUUAUUGUCCACUGUCUUCUACGUUUUCCUCUUCUUAUUUUCCAUGGUCUUCUACGACUUCCGCUUUUUAUUGUCCACUGACUUCUACGUCUUCUUCUUCUUAUUUUCCAGUGUCUUCUACGUCUUCGGCUUUUUAUUUCCCACUGUCUUCUACGUCUUCUUCUUAUUAUUGUCCACUGACUUCUACGUCUUAUUAUUAUUUUCCAGUGUCUUCUACGUCUUCCGCCUCUCAUUUUCCACUGUCUUCUACGUUUUCCUCUUCUUAUUUUGCAAUGUCUUCUACGUCUUCCUCUUCUUAUUUCCCACUGUCUUCUACGUCUUCUUCUUCUUAUUUUCUAUUGUCUUCUACGUCUUCCGCUUUUUAUUGUCCACUCUCUUCUAUGUGUUCCUCUUCUUAUUUUCCACUGUCUACUACGCCUUCCUCUUCUUAUUUCCCACUGUCUUCUACGUCUUCUUCUUCUUAUUUUCCACUGUCUUCUACGUCUUCUUAUUAUUAUUUUCUAUUGUCUUUCGUCUUCUGUCUUUUUAUUCUUCCACUGUCUUCGUCUUCCUCUUUUUAUUUUUUCUUCCACUGUAUCUUCUUAUGUCUUCCUCUUUUUUAUUUUGCACUGUCUUCUAUUUCCGUCUUCUAUGUUUUCCUUCUUAUUGUCCUGUCCUGUCCACUGUCUUCUACGUCUUAUUAUUAUUAUUGUCCACUGUCUACUACGCCUUCCUCUUCUUAUUUCCCACUGUCUUCUAUGUCUUCCUGUUUUUAUUUUGCACUGUCUUCUACGUCUUCCGCUUCUUAUUGUCCACUGUCUUCUACGUCUUAUUAUUAUUAUUGUCCACUGUCUUCUACGACUUCCUCUUCUUAUUUUGCUCGGUCUUCUACGUCUUCCUCUUCUUUUUUUGCACUGUCUUCUACGUCUUCCUCUUCUUAUUGUCCACUGUCUUCUACGUCUUAUUAUUAUUAUUGUCCACUGUCUACUACGCCUUCCUCUUCUUAUUUCCCCUGUCUUCUUUUAUUUUAUGUCUUCCUUCCUCUUUUUUAUUUUGUCCACUGUCUUCUCGUCUUCUUCUUCUUAUUGUCCACUGUCUUCUACGUCUUAUUGAACUUCUUCUAUGUCUUCCUUCCCACUGUCUUCUAUGUCUUCCUCUUCUGA